AUGAAGUUUAGAAGUUUUAAACAGUUUAAGGAAGCUGUAAAGAAUUAUGGUAUCAAGAAUCCCUAUGUGAUGAACUUCAAGCCCAAUAAUAAAAAGAAGUGUAAAGCAUUCUGUAGAAAAGGGUGUCCCUUCUAUCUUUGGGCUUCUCCCAUGGUGACUGGUAAGAACACAGUUCAAAUCAAGACUGGGGUUUUAAAGCAUGAAUGUACAAGAGAUCAUGUAAGCAAGCAUGUUAAUGCAGAUUGGGUGGCAAGGAAUUAUUUAGAGCAAUUUAGGGCAGAUCCUGCUUGGAGGAUUACAGGAAUAAUUCAAGCAGUCAAAAGCAAUCAAGAGGUGGAUAUCAGCAGACUAAAAGCUUAUAGGGCCAAGAGCAUUGCACUUAGAAGUCACAUGUACAAAUUUUUGUUUGUUUACAGAAUUAUAGAUGGUGAUGAGAAGUCUCAAAUGUCAAGGUUGUAUGACUAUAGAGUGGAGCUUCUAAAGACACAUCCUGGUUCAACAAUCAUUAUCAAUUACACUAACGAGGGUGUCUUCCAAGCAUUCUAUGUAUGCCUGGCUCCAUUGAGGGAAGGAUUUUUGGCAGGGGUGUAUGGAGGGCAAUUAUUAUGUGUUGUUGGGAUAGAUGUAAAUGAUUGCAUCUAUCCCAUAUCUUGGGCUAUGGUUAGUAAAGAGAACAAAGAUAAUUGGAAGUGGUUCUUGGAGUUAAGUUGGUUUUAUAAUACAACUUGGUCAGGAGGGGACAAAUACCAGGUUAUAGGGCCUAAUGGCCAGUUUGUGGUGGACAAGAGGUAG